AUGGCGGACUCCCAAGACAAAUCAGGUGGCUCUCAGCCGCCUCCCGUUACAUACAAGAACCCGCGACGAACGUCGCCCGAGAACUCCAUAACUCUCCGUUACCACCGCCUAGCCAGAGAUGCGGCACGCCGCAAUUCGCCUACAGUUGUGCCAAAGAUAUCCUUUGUUGGUUCCCGGAGAAAUUCGUCGGGCGAGAGCAACGAUACUGGUGUCAGCGACGCGAAGAAAUGGUUCAACCGAUCCAACGAGAACGCCAAUGCCGUAUUCGACUCGACGAUGGAUGUGGAUCCGCCAUUCUACCAGAAAGAAACUGAUUCAUCCAACGAAGACGGGAUGAAAUAUGCCGUGCCAUCACAGAGCCCGGCGUAUAAUUUCGUACAGAGUCGCAAUCAGGGUUUAGUGCGACCUGGUCUCGCCCACAGCAGUAGUGCCGACGAUUAUCGCAGUGUCAUCGAUGAUUUGACCGUUGAGAAUAAGAAACUGAGGGAUGAGCUGAGGAGGUACAAGCAGAUGGGGCCUGAUUCACUGCGCAGGGAGAAGCUGUUCGAGGUCAAGGUGCAUGGACUGCCAAGUCGCAAAAAAAGAGAAUUGGAGGCUGCGUUGCGAGAUUUCACCACCAGCCUCGACGGUUCAAGCACUAGCGCAUCUCCACGAGCCAAGGACAAGCUGAAGGCGCAAGGCAAGUCGUCCAUGUCGAAACAUGCUUCAUCCUCAUCCGGAUCUCAAAGUCGGCCAGUCCCAACCGACUCAGCCUAUGCCUCAAUUUCUACCGGCCCCACCUCAUCUUCUGCUUCGAUCCCUGGAAGACUAGUGAGGCAUGGUUUGUCGGAACAAAGCGUCGAGCGCUACUUGAAGGAUAUUCCUGAAGGCCUGUGGCCAAAAUCCACGAUUAUGACGGAGAAGGACAAAAAGAAACUGGUGGUCAAACGACUCGAGCAACUUUUCACGGGCAAGGGCAGCGACCAGCUUCACCAACAAACGCUCUCACUAGUCCCACCUCCCAUCAGUGAAGAAGUCGAGAUGAGAACGAACAAUGGAGGGAUUAUAUCAGCCGAAGCAACCAGGGAAGCCCAGAUACUGCCUCAAUUGUCGGAGAAGAUCAGCCACUCGCGAGACAACGUCUCUUCCAACUCGAACGGAGAUCAGUCGGAUCCCAAGGACGGCGGUAAUGCAAGUGGUUCUGGCAGCGAUGGACCCAAUUCGAACGACCCGCCCAGCGGUAAGCAAGUCCCCGAACAACGACCGACGCGACCCCACGAUUUGGACCCUGAUCGCAUCCAGGUGCCGUCCGUUAAUAUGGAGUACAUUCGCCAUUUAGGCCUUGCUGCACCGGAAACCGAGGCACAAAAGCGCUACUCUUCGAAGGACGUCUCACCAGACGCGGAAGGCUGGGUCUAUCUCAAUUUGUUAUGCAAUCUCGCACAACUCCACAUGUUUAAUGUGACACCGGCCUUCAUUCGCGCCGCAGUCACCGAGAAGAGCAGACAAUUUCAAUUGUCACCCGACGGACGGAAAAUUCGAUGGCGUGGCGGCGCCGAAGGCACGAGGUUCAGCAGCGAGAGUAGCGGUAGCAAUUCGCCGCGUGCAUCCGAAGGGGACACGUCGGAUGGAUCGCACGGUGCGAACCAGCGGAAGAAACAGAAAACGGUAGCCGUUGCAAGAGGGGAAAAUGACGUCAUGAUUACUGAACCUUCGAAAUUCGGUCCGCAGGUGUCGAGUUCGUCCGACAGCUUCCACUACAAGCCCCUGUUCGUGCAUCAGCAAUCGUCCUCGUCGGACGAGCAACCCUCGUUCGACGACGAGACUCCCGGCUCUUUUUAUGGUGCGCCGGAGGAGAGUAAUUUCGGCAUGAACUCACGCUGGAAUCACAGCGGCGUGUCGGGUUUGUCGCAGCAUCAGCGUAAGCGACGCCGCGACGGUGCCAUCAUCUAUUACACGGGCGCACCCUUCUGCACGGACCUAUCGGGGGAUUUGAGCGAAGUGUCGCCUGACGGCUCGUACAACAACCACAAUUUGACGUCGUUGGAUAAGAAGGGCAACUCGGCCUCCCCGGCAGCGGCGUUUGACAUCACCGCGGCCAAGGCACCCAAACUCGAGCGCACUACGUCGGGAUCGUCCAUCCCCUUCAAGCCCUUGAGCAACCUCGUAUCGCAUUACGCUAUGAUGGAUCUCGAUUUCGCACCACCCGAAUUAACCCCUGACGAAAGCUACGAGUCUGAUGAUCUUGAUGCAAAGUUCCCCUGGUCGGACGCCAAGGAGCCCAAUAUUUCACCGCAGCUGGUGGAUUUUGAAGCUAGCGGCUUGGCUGGCAUCACACCCGAGGACCAUUUCGUCGUCUCAAUGUCCACUCGCAGGCCA